AUGAAUUCAGACGGAGCUGAUGUAAAUGGCAACCAACUCUCAUCUAUAGAACAUGCCGCUACUAUUACUGAAGGGCAGUCGAGCAAAGAACCACUAGAGAUCUUACUAGAAGAUGUCUCAACGGAAUUCCCUUCCCUCAUGGAAAACUCUACUGAUCCCGCCUCUUCAACUGAAAAUGGUUUUUCAUCUUUUGAAAGCGAAGAUGCUUCUACAACUGAGAAAAGCUUCGAGACAACUUCACGCCGAUCUCACUUUCAGUUCAAGCCUCAAUUUGAGCAUAAUUCUUACGAUUUCAUGGUCCCUGAGGGGUCAAAUCCCGUGUCGACAAAUCUAGCGGUGAUUUCCUACAUGGGCAAGAAGGACAAACCUAUCCCGGUGUUCAAGAUCUCAUUCGAUAGGAUGAGGUGGUUUGAAAUUGGAAAUAUAACAUCAAAAGAGCUGGACAACUACGUUGAGUACAAGGUCAUGAUAAAUCAGCGUCCUGAGGUUUACGUGCAGUACAACUUGACUAAAGAUGGAACGUACAAGUUUUUGAUCGAGGCUCAUGACGAUGGCUCUAUGGAGACAGCAAGCAUCAGGGUAGACGUUCUUUCUUUUUCUCCAACAACUCGUCGAAAAACUACUACUGCUGCACCUACAACUCCGUCAAGUACUACCACGACAAGAACCACUCCAGCAGACUUGCUCCAAACGACCACCCCUCCAUUUGCGGUAUCGACGACAGCAGAGCUAUCAAUAGAUUCGGUUUUGGAUAGCUCCUCUACCUCUAAUACGUCAUCGGAGAGCAGUACACAGAAGACACCAGAAAGUGGUACUACAGCGACACCCGCGGCGGUUGAUACUACUGCGACACCUGCGGUUGAUACUACUGCGACACCUGCGGUUGCCAUUCCAGUCGUUCCAGUCGUACCAAUUGUCCCUGCCUCGAAAUCUGUCUCUAACGAGCUGCGAUCUGUGCAGGAGUCAGACGAUAAUUCGAAUGAGGACGAGGAUCUGGUACUGACCGCACUGAAUUCUGAUGUAUCUAAGAAACCACCAAACCCUUUGCUUCCCUCGCGUACUACAUCGUCAGUGAUGACAACAGAAUCGCCGCUGUCCAAAGAGCAUUCACAUGAGCUCAAGCUAAUUGAUCAAAGUGCAGAGAUCCCUAUACCCAGAAGAGGCUCAAAAGGGAAACAAAUCGAUGAUGAUGACGAUGAUCUAGAAGCGGAACGAGACGGCGGCGAGACUGAAGUCAUUCCCGAAGGCUCCGGCACGUCUAGUACUUCAGCUGACGAAGAAGAAACGACAAGAGAUAGUGUUGAUGCGACUUUUGGUCCUGAUACAUCCUCAUCCACCGAUGAAGCAUCAAAGGAGGAAGAGAUCGACAAUGAUACGACGUUGCCUGCUUCCACAAGCACAACAACGGAGUCAACAACGGAAUCAACAACGGAGUCAGAAUCUUCCAGCGAAGAAGCUGAAGAGCUUGAAAUCAUUUUCGAAGGCACCAAAAAUGGCACAUUCAAGAUAGAAAGCUCUACUCCACUGAAUCCUGGAGAUUUAGUGAGGGGGCUCGCCAUUUCCCUCAGAAUUAGUCCGAAGGGCAAGAACUCCUACACCAACAUCUCGUUGGAUCGAACGGAUGUUGUUGACAUCAAACCUAAACUACUUUACACAGGAAAUAAGGCAUAUCUGUUUGUUAAAAACCCAUCAGCGCUCAGCUCUCCUGUCAGGGUGAAGGUUAUGGCAGAAAGAGCAACUUCAGCAGCUAUCAAAGAACUGACUUUGAUCGGCUCUCCAGAAAAGCCUUCAAGUUCUCUUUCCGAGACGGCAACCGACGACGGCAAGGUUGCUGUUGAUGAGUACGAGUUUUCCAUAGCCGAGAAUGCGCUAUCUGGUUCAACUGUGGGAAAGAAAAGUCCACCGGCUUAUGUGAAGGUCAAGGUGCAGGAUGUUAACGACAAUCAGCCUCGACUUGAAGGAUCGGACAAAUUCAUCCGUAUAUCCGACAAUAGACUCAUAAUGCCUUUCGUUGUUGAGGUCGACGUCAUCGGUUUUGCCCCAGUCGGUAACCACCAACUAGAAUUCACUGUCACCGACGGCGAAUCAUCCAGCACGUUAACCGUCGAAGUACAAGUACAAAACACCAAAUCCCGUGCUCAUUUCAGAAGAACAAAGUAUACGAGAUCAAUCAAUGCAGAAAAAGUACAUCAAGGUAACCAGCUUCUCCAAGUGGAAUUGGAAGGUGUUCCCAUCGAUGAGGCUCGUUUCAUAAUCCUUCACGGGAACCCAGGAUGGCUUACCAUCGAUGACUAUGGAGGACGCGUUGGAGUUGCAAAAUUCAUAAGUCCAGUGGAAUCUGGCACUUACCUGGUGGACAUAGGAGCCGUUGACCGUCAGACCAACGCUCUAUUAGCGCAAACUCAAGUGGAAAUCAAAGUCGUGGGAGGGGCCGAACCAGACAAGAAAGUAUUCACUAAACGUUUCUUCAAGCGAACCUUGGAUCGCGAAGAAUCAACCGAUUUCUCUGUGCCGUUCAAGUUGAAGAAGUUAGCGACCGUUAGCGUGGGCUCAGUGUUGGCCAUUGACGAGAACGGUCAACAAAGUGAGCUCAAAAAGAGCGAUGUCACCAUACGAAAGCAUUCCGUUGUAUUUAAGAAGAGCUCUUUAGCUAACCUUCGAGUAGUUAGUGUGGAUUUGCUGGCAAACGAAGAAAAGGCAACGGUAAUGCUUACACUGACGUCGUCACCACAAUUCAUAGAACAUCAGCAAAAGGAGGCAGCGCGACCAAUGUUCCCCAGACCAUGGACCAGGGAGACUCCUACAAUCGAGCUGAGCAUUAUGGAAGAGCUACCCAAGGGGCAGAUUAUAUACGUACUACCAGCAGUCAAUCCAGUUGAUGGAUCACUUGUUCCGGUGACAGUUGAGGGCGAUAUGAAGGAGGCCUUCGAACAUGACCCAACAACAGGAGCGAUUUCGAUUGUGCAUCGCCUCGACGUGGACACCAUGGCACCAUCAGAUCGUACUUUUUUGCUCAGAUUCAUAGCCGGUGACAGCGGUUACGAGUCGGUAGCAGAGCUGAAAAUUACUGUUGAAAACAAGGAUGACAACCCACCUGUCAUAGAAAAAGAGGGUCUCAAUAAUGAGAUUCCAAUUCCUGAAAAUCUUCCACCACACACAAUUAUCGCACGCCUCCAAGUCACGGAUGAAGACAGAUUAGGCAGCGUGGACGAGUUCUCCGUCGAGAAGUCGGGCAUUGGCAGCGAGAUGUAUUCUGCUUCAAUCAUAAACGGUUCAUUGGUAGUAGCAGUGGCUGACAAUGGAACCCUCGAUCGUGAAGUAAGGGAGAGACAUAUGGUGCACAUGAUUGUCCGGGAUGGAGCGGGAAAUCAAGAUUCGGCCGCGCUUUACAUCGUACUUUUGGACAUCAAUGACAACGCCCCUCGUUUCACCCAAGACCAAUACGCAAUACAAGUGAUCGACAACUGGCCUACAGGCAUUGUGGUUGACCGCUUGAAGGCCACGGACAUCGAUGCAGGUGAAAACGGUCGCGUCACCUACUCGCUGGCUUCUGGAAGUACAAAAUGUAAGUUAUCAGGAAAAUUCACGCGUUUGACAUAG